AUAGCCAUUCUUUACUAUUUAUUAAUGAAUAUAGAAGUAAGGGAGGCCUACUCUAUGUAAUUCCGUUGUUGUUUUGAUGAGUAAUUGAUUGGUGUAGUCAGUUUAUUUAUUAACUUAAAUCAUGGCUCUCAGAAUAUGUCAGGCGUUUAAAAAUUUAUCAAUUUCGUCUUCGGAUGCUUUAGCUAAUCCAUUAAUAAUGCAAACAAGACACAGGAUGGGACCGCCAAUUAAAAAAUUAAUAGGUUACGACCAGCCAGACCUACCAAAACCGUCAGGAGCAUUUUGGAGAAAAGUUCAUUUUCCUGAAAAUUAUACAGUUGAACCUCUAGAAGUCACACGUUUGGGUGGGAGAGACCCUGUGACAGGGAGAAAAAUAUUGAAGAGAGUCGGCGGAGGGUUGAAAUAUAAGUAUCAUUGGAUCCAGUGGAAGAGGGAAGGACCCAAAGAAGGGCCUCCCUUGGUGGAGAAAGUGAUGUUGAUUAUGGACGAUUGGUGUCGCACUUCCAAGAUCGCCCUUGUAGCUAACGGAAAAGAGAUGAAAUAUUAUCUCGCAACUGAAAACAUGAAACCUGGUGAUCUGAUCAGGACGUCAAUGCACAUACCUCGAAUACCAGUGAACCCGAAUGAAGGUGAUGCCUACCCAUUGGGUGCUCUCCCUAUGGGAACCAAGAUCCACUGUGUGGAGAAAUUCACGGGAACAGGAGGAUAUUAUGUUCACGCAGCCGGCAGCAGUGCCACCAUCCUCCGCAAGAUGGGUGACAAAGUCGUGGUCCAGUUGCCAUCCAAGAUAGAAGUCGCCCUUCCUCCAGAGAACAUGUGUGUUGUGGGACGGUUGUCUAAUAUACACAAUGACAAGAUGCACAUCGGUUCGCCCAACCGGUUGCGGGAACUAGGUUACCGUCCACGAUCCGGCUUGUUCCAGCUCAAGACUGGGCGCUUUGGUCGCAAGAUCUAUGCUCUGCCUCCGGUCAAGGAAAUAGUCCAGGAAAAGAAGGAGGAACCUGAGUAUCUUACGCUCACAUUAAGUGUCACGAAGAGGCCCAGUAAUAUAAUAUCAUAAUAUUGUAUUUAGCUAAUAUAAGUAUUUAAUGUUAAUAAGA